UCUCAGUUCAAAUGGGUCCGUGAGAACAGCUCGGAUCGUUUCAGUCCGGUUCGUGAAGGAAUAGUUCCGCACGGUUUUGUGAAUCGACUCAGUCAGAAGAUUCGAUUCAAAAGAACUAUCCGACAACCGCGCCUUCAGAUUCUUCAUUCAACAAGGUGAAGGUGCCUGCCGCCUGGAGAAUAUUUGAUAGAGCACUAUCACGCUACAGCAUGUCGUCCGAUGAACCUAAAGCCAAACGGAUUAAACUCGAGGAAAAAAAGCUCAGUCAAAAUGCCCUUUUCGGGAUGGGAAACCCCCUGCUUGACAUCUGCGCUGUGGUGGACAAAGACUUUCUAGACAAGUAUGGACUCAAGCCAGAUGACCAGAUAUUAGCAGAAGAGAAACACAAGGAAAUGUUUGAAGAGAUAGUCAAGAAAUUCAAGGUUGAAUAUCACGCUGGAGGUGCCACUCAGAACUCCGUAAAAGUCGCACAGUGGAUGAUCCAGGAGCCGCACAAAGUGGCCACCUUCUUCGGCUGCAUUGGGAAGGAUAAGUUUGGGAAGAUCCUUAAGGAGAAGGCAGAGGAGGCCCACGUGGACGCCCACUACUACGAGCAAAGCCAAGAGCCCACAGGGACCUGCGCUGCCUGCAUCACUGGCGACAACAGGUCUCUUGUUGCGAAUCUUGCAGCCGCUAACUGCUACAAGAAGGAGAAGCACCUCGAUCUGGAGGAGAACUGGAAACUUGUUGAGAAAGCCCAAGUUUACUACAUCGCUGGGUUUUUCCUGACCGUAUCCUUGGAGUCGAUCCUGAAGGUAGCCAAACACGCUUCUGAAAACAACAGGAUCUUCUGCUUAAAUCUGUCAGCUCCAUUCAUCUGUGAGUUCUUCAAGGAGGCCCUGAUGAAGGUUAUGCCCUAUGUGGACAUCCUCUUUGGCAACGAGACGGAGGCCACCGCGUUUGCACGAGGACAAGGCUUUGAGACUGAAGACAUUGAGGAGAUUGCGAAGAAGGCCCAAAGCUUACCCAAAGAGAACAAGAAAAGGCAGAGGACUGUUGUCUUCACCCAAGGCAAAGAAGGAACUGUAAUGACCAAAGGUGACAAGGUGGAGACAUUCCCAGUCCUGGAGAUCGACCAUAGCUUGAUAGUAGACACCAACGGUGCUGGAGACGCCUUUGUUGGAGGUUUCCUGUCUCAGCUGGUACAGGAUAAGACCUUUGAGCAGUGCAUCCGCGCUGGACACUACGCUGCUAACGUCAUUAUUCGCCACGCGGGCUGCACAUUCCCGGAAAAGCCAGACUUCCACUGAUGGGCCACUGAGAGAGCGGAAGAUACGGCCGCCCCGGUGUUUUAUAGGACUAAUGCCUUUUUUUAAUUGACUUUUUAUCUUCUGUUCCACUUUCCUCUCUUGUUCACUGCCUGCCUUCUGCUGUGUCUCUGUUUUCUCUGAUUCACAGCCUAAUGCGAUCACAGAGACAUAUUUCACAUUAAAAACUGUUUACAAAAGAGCGAUUUCUGUUGGAAAUAUUAAAUAGUUUUUACUAAAGCCGUUUUAGAAUCAUGGUUAACAGUGUUUGCUAACAAAAUAAUUUUAAUUGUAAUUAGCUAUAAAAAAAACUGAAGACAGUAUUAUAAACAUGCAGAAGCCAGAUGAACUUUUAUUGAAAUCAAAGGCUCAUUUUAUGUCAAAGAAAUGUUGUGCCAGUCUUGCUGUUGUAAACCAAAUGUAUUUGUGGGAAACACUUGAAUGUGUCACAAACUGCCAAAAUAAAGAAAAAAGGCUGUUUAACUGGC